AUGGCCCUCAGGGGGCUCUGUGCCUCCAGCUUUCUGUCGGGAGCAGUGGUACUCAGAGUGUGCUCCCGUGACCAGCCGCAUCGGAAUCACCUGGAUACCCGUCAGACCUGGGAAUCAGGAGGUCAGGGGGUGGAGCCCAGCAAGCUGUGUUCUAACAAGCCCUUCACGUGCACCACCACUGCUCAAGGACUGAAGAGGAAAUGGGAAGACAGAACUAGGAGCGGCUGGGGGCUGGGACAGAGUCAUCCAGACAAGGCGUGUCAGCUGGAAGAGCUCCAUCUCACGGCGCCAUCCUGUGGUCUCUGCCCACGAACUGCUGCACAGUGGAGUCAGUGGAUCUCAGUAGUGAUGGCCAACCACAUCGUGCUCUACGCUGGCACAAAGAUGCCCAUCUUGGGGCUGGGCACCUGGAAGUACCCUCCAGGAAAAGUGAUGGAGGCUGUGAAGGUGGCAAUUGACCUUGGGUACCAUCACAUUGACUGUGCCCACAUGUACCAGAAUGAAAACAAGGUGGGGUUGGCCCUCCAGGCAAAUCUCCAGGAGAAGGUCAUGAAGCAUGAGGACUUUUUCAUUGUCAGCAAGCUGUGGUGCAUAUUUCACAACAAGGACAUGCUGAAAGAUGCCUGCCAGAAGCUGAAGCUGGACUCUCUGGACCUCUGCCUCAUCCACUGGCUUCCAGCCUGGGAAAGACUCUAA